CAGCGUUUGCGUUGUACUUGUACCCCAAACAAACCCCAAACUUAGAAAAACAAAACAAAACACACGAAGUGUGAGGUUUUAGGAAAACACUUUACCCUUUCCAUCUCUAUUCUCUCCUCUUCCUCUUCUAGGGUUUUAAGGUUAGGGUUUCAUUCACCCCCUUCUCUCUCUACUUCUUUCUCUCUCUACCUCUCUCUCGAUUACCCAUGGAUAGGUACCAGAAGGUUGAAAAACCCAAACCAGAAUCUCCCAUCAACGAAAAUGAGAUCCGAAUCACCACCCAAGGCGCCAUUCGCAACUACAUCACUUACGCUUCUUCACUUCUUCAGGAGAAGAAUGCAAAAGAGAUUGUCUUGAAGGCAAUGGGACAAGCAAUCAGCAAGACAGUUGCCAUUGCAGAGAUUCUGAAGAAGAGGAUUCCCCGGAUGCACCAAGAUACUGCCAUCAGCUCAGUUAGCAUUACAGAUGUGUGGGAGCCCAUUGAAGAGGGUCUUGUACCUGUGGAAAUGACGCGGCAUGUCUCUAUGAUCUCAAUCACAUUGUCUACUAGAGAACUAGACAAAAAUUCCCCUGGCUAUCAAGCUCCAUCUAACGUGGAACAACCAAAGCCGUACUCCAAUUAUCCACAGCAACCUAUAAAACCAGCACAAGAUUCUUAUAAUGCUGUAAAUGAAGACUCGUAUGGUCGAGGUCGUGGUCGGGGAAGGGGGAGAGGGAGAGGAAGAAAUUGGGGAAGAGGUGGUUAUGGCUAUCAAGGUGGUUAUGGAAAUUAUCAAGGUGGAUAUGGCUAUUUCCAGGGUGGAUAUGCUAAUUAUCAAGAUAAUGGUGGGUAUUCUAAUCGUGGCCGAGGUGGAGGUCGAGGCAGAGGUUGGGGUUAUCGUGGUAUUGGUUAUGGUGGCGGCAGAGGUGAAGGUGGUAGAGGUGGAGCUUAUGAAGGUGGCAGGGGUGGAGGUUACGAAGGUGGUAGAGGUGGAGGAGGUUAUGAAGGUGGAAGAGGUGGAGGAGGUUAUGAAAGUGGUAGAGGUGGAGGAGGUUAUGAAGGUGGUAGAGGUGGAGGAAGUUAUGAAAGUGGUAGAGGUGGAGGAGGUUAUGAAGGUGGUAGAGGAGGUGGUUACGAAGGUGGCAGGGGUGGAGGUUAUGAUGGUGGAAGAGGUGGAGGUUAUGGAGGUAGAGGUGGAGGUUAUGAUGGAGGCAGGGGUGGAGGUUAUGAAGGAGGUAGAGGUAUGGGUUAUGAAAGAGGCCGAGGUGGAGGUAUGGGUUAUGAAGGCGGCAGAGGUGGAGGAGGUAUGGGUUUUGAAGGAGGCAGAGGUGGAGGCAGAGGGUUUGGCCGUGGUAGGGGAAGAAUGGGCGUACGUGGUAGGGGUGGAGUCAACCAGGCAUGAUGAUAUUAAUGGGUGUUAAUUUCAUUCUUGCUAAAUGCUUGCCUUGACAGUGCGGUUAUUUUAUUAGAAUACUGUGUUUGAUACAUAGUAUGAUGUAGCUCAUGAUCCAGCAUUUAUGUUUUUCCGUGAUGAAAUUGAUAUGGGCAAUGUUUUGUUCAUCUUUAGAUUUAGUUGAAAAAGCAUCUUGGUUUUAUGAUUGCUGUAAUUCAUUACAUCUUUUAUGGUUGCCAACACCAUAUUUUAUGUAUCUGGUUUCUAUAUGGUUUUCAAUUUAAUCGAAGUAGCUCUUUUUGCUUUCUUUGCUGAUAA